AAACUUUACAUUGAUUUCACAGAUUGGUUGAACAAAUUGUUGAUAGAAAUAAAAUGAAGGUCCUAAAAGUAUAAUUUAACGAGUCGCAGUUAGCUGGCAUAACAACGCUUCAUAAACCUAGAAAGCCCCAAUCUUUGCAGAUAGGAAGUCGAAAUGGAACGCCCCCAUGGCUAUCGCCAUUCACACCAUGGUCCAGAUAGGGAAGAAGAAGAUUACCCGCCACCCCCACCACCGCGACCACACCCCCCUCCUUUUUAUGGGGAAGAUGCUCCACCGCCUCCACCGCGGCCAUAUCCGCCUCCCUUUUACGGGGAAGAUGCGCCACCGCCUCCACCGCGGCCAUACCCGCCUCCCUUUUACGGGGAAGAUGCACCACCGCCUCCCUUUUACGGUGAAAAUCCGCCGCCGCCUCCCUUUUACGGUGAAAAUCCGCCGCCCUAUCACAGCUCCCAUAUAGGGGGACCACGGUAUCCUCCGCCUCCUCCAGUUGUCUCUCAUCAGAGCGAAAACAAUCCGCAUCACCACCAUCAUCAUCAUCCCCACCUCCCUUCGUUUGUCCAUCACCACAGCUCUGAAUUCGCUAACAAAACCUCUGUUAGGGUUUAUUCUAAGGCGGAGACUAACUACUCUUUGACCAUCCGAGAUGGGAAGGUUAUCCUUGCCCCUUCCAACCUAUCAGACCCAUUUCAGCACUGGUUCAAAGAUGAGAAGUUCAGCACAAGAGUCAAGGACGAACAAGGUUUCCCUAGCUUUGCGUUGAUUAAUAAAGCCACUGGGCAGGCGAUUAAGCACUCAACUGGAGCCACACAUCCUGUGCAAUUGAUUCCUUACAAUUCUGAUGUUCUUGAUGAGUCAAUUUUGUGGACCGAGAGCAAAGACUUGGGUGAUGGUUACAGAACCAUAAGGAUGGUUAAUAAUAUUCGCCUAAAUGUAGAUGCUUUAAAUGGAGAUAAAAAUCAUGGCGGCGUCCAUGAUGGCACUAUUAUUGUUCUAUGGGAAUGGAAAAAGGGAGAAAAUCAGCGGUGGAAGAUUGUUCCUCACCGUAAGUCUCUCAACAUGACGUAAAGAUUAUGAUUUCAUGCAGAUUUUAAUCGGAUACGAGGACCUGCCGUGCUGAGUUUGUGUUGAUUACGCCAGUUGGUGGAAGGAGAUGGGAGUUCCCUUAUUCGGACUUACUAUCAUCAUGUAUGUUGUAGUAAUAAUGUGCUGUGGGGCUUCAACAGCACUGUAUGCUUGAUUUGAUACCUUAAGGAUGCAGCUAUGUUUAUGUGUGGUCACUUUAAUAAACUUUCAACUAUGCCUACACUGAUUGCGUACCUUAAUUUGAUAUGUUCGAUUAAAGGUAAAAUUAUAUGAAUUAUUUAAUACUUGUACCUUU